AUGGCGUCGGGUGAGUGCAGUUUUGACAGUACUACUGCGGGGGAGUCAGUCGAGAACAGUGGUAGUUCUGGUGAGAGGAGGAAGGGUAGUGGUAGGGUGGUCCUCCAGCCUAGACCGGGCUAUGCUGAUCGACCGACUCCUGUAACUAUGCAUGUCGGGAGGUCGUCACAGCAGGGGGGUAAACGAUGGAGCAACUUCAGAGGAUCUGUUGGUGAUGGGAAAGUGAGCUAUGAGGGAGCCAAGCCCACGAAAGGGGAGGGGAGGGGGGACUACUGGAGCCAGGACCACAAGAGCAAUAGUGAUGGCCUGGUUGGGAGGAAAGGAGGAGGUAGGCCGGAGAGGACGUGGGACUCAGGUAGUGGUUGGGAGGCGGAUGGUGAGGCGAAGGGACGGGUCGAGGAUUGGUCUUAUUCUUCUUGGACGUCUACUAAGUGGGAGCAACAAGAGCCGACUGAGGUCUAUCUUGGUCCGAAGUGGGGGGAGGAAUCUUCUACUGUGCGCACUAUAUUCUAUGACUGUAACAUGCCGCCACCGGGUGUCUCGAAGAAUGCCAAGUUCUUUCACGAUCCUCCGGGGACGUAUGCUAUGUUGGACAGUGGCGAAGGGACGGUGUCGAAGGCCUGGCACAGCUACGGUGACAAAGGUCGUCUGUUGGCCAGCGAAGUUGAUGUUGUGGUCUUUCACGCCUCCUGCAACGAUGGCAUGGGUGCUGCUUACUCGGUCUAUCAAGGCUUGCUCAACGACAGGAACAAGCGGGCCCGUCGUAGCGGCGGCGGGGACAAGGCUGGUAGAGGGCGUAAAUCGGCUCGUGGCGACGAGCACUUCCCCAAGUUCUUCGGAGAAGUCCACAGUCAGAGCGAGAUCGAGUACGACUACGAGGGGAAGAAUGUGGUAUUGCUUGAUUUCGUGUACACCAACAGAGCUAUUCUGGAGCAGCUCGGACGGCACUGUAAGCGGUGCAUUAUCCUGGAUCAUCACCAGUCCACGGCGACCCAGUGGAUGACUAGUCCGGUACCGGGCGUGGAGUAUAUCAUCAAUCAACGACAGAGUGCCUGCACUCUUACUUGGGACUACUUCAUGGGACGGAACGCUCGCGUGCCCUUGCUAUUGCGGUAUAUAGAAGACUGCGAUAUUGGGCGCUUUACUUACUACAAUUCUAGCUAUUUCCAGACGGGCUUCCGCGGCAAGAGAGCGGACUAUGAGCCACCAAUCUUCACGCCGGGCCAGGUGGAUGAGCAGUGCCUCCGGGCCUUUGCCGACUGUGUUGAUCGUGGUGACGAGUUCCUGAAUGAGUGCAUUGAAGCUGGCAGCUCUGGAGAGGUCGAUGAGUUCUACUAUGACGUUCGUCAGCAUGUGUGGCGUUCUCGACUGCGACGACUGAGACUGUUUCCUAAUUUGCUGGCUCGGGUGGUGAACUGCUCGAGUCAAUCACUGAAGGGGCGAGUGAUGUGGGAGAUGCUCGAGUACAGAGGUAGAGGGGUUCCUCGACCAGAUGGGGUGGAACCCUCAGAUGAGGAGUUGGAGCCUAAGGCCGACUUGGCUGUUAUAUAUUUCUUCGACGACACAACAAGACGCUAUCGAGUGUCUCUCAGCACAGAUCGAGAAGACGUUGAUGUUGCCGAGAUAUGCACGGCCUACGGGGGUGGCGGUCACCAAUAUCCUGGUUCCAAGAGGAGCCCCCCAAAUGGUGACCCGGCCUGUGGCUACUCAAUCGAUGAGAUAUUCGAGCCUUUGGACGAUCUAGACGUGGAUGGCUCAGACUACGGUGCAGCGGAUUCGCCAUGCGCUGCCAAAGAUUGGAAUUUGGAGGCGACUGGGCGGGCGGCCAUGUCCCUCCAUAUGGCGCUCAGGGCUGGUGACACGGCCUUGAUCGACGGUGACACGGUGCAGGUCUUGGAUUGCUAUGUCGCUGAGUGGGCCCGUCCACUGGUUCGAACUGGUCGAAAGCCGUGGGAGCUGCGACCGGUCGAGAUAGAGCUUUUUUCCUUGUCGGUGAAGUGCUGGGACUCUCGUCUCCUGCAGAAGAAGUUCGCGGCGUUUGAAGGCGUGGUGGAGUUUGUGAGAGAGGAGAUAGUCAAGUUGACCGGGGCUACAUCGACAUCGUCAUCUGGAGGAUCCCCUCCCCCUCCCGCGAGGACGCCCCCUAGAAUUAAGAAGUUAGACUCAUUCUCUGAAUGUUGA